CGAGGGUUGAGUUUCUCCAUCCUAUACAAGAUAGUCUUAUCCUGAAGGAUCUUGUGAAGGAUGAUAGCGUUUGUCGGUGGUGGGUGGUGGCUGUUUCUCGAGAAACACUGGCAAAAAAAAAAGGCAGCUCUAGUCAUUCGUAUUGAUGGCUGCUGCAUGUCCAUUUGUACCGUGAGUAUAUAAGGAGCUUCACUGGCCUGGUUAGCAUUAGCAUCAUCAGGUUCACAGUACAUCUUCGAUUGAUACUUUACUUGUCACCAUGAAGUUCUCUAGCCUCCUGGUCGCUUCAGUCCUCGGAUCCGCAGUCAUUGCCGCUCCAGCUGAAUAUAAGCGUGAGGUUGAAGAUGGGAGUUCAUCGUAUGUGAGAUCCAACGGGGAGGCGUUGGGCUUCAAGAUCAAUAAACGGGAAGCAGAAGGAGCCUCGUAUGUGAGAACUGAGGGCGAGGCCCUCGGCUUCAAAAUCAACAAACGCGAAGCAGAUGGAGCCGCGUACGUGAGAACUGAGGGCGAGGCUCUUGGUUUCAAGAUCAACAAACGUGAAGCAGGCGGAGCCUCAUACGUGAGAACUGAGGGUGAGGCUCUCGGAUUCAAGAUCAACAAACGCGAUGGAGCAUCAUAUGUGAGAACUGAGGGCGAGGCUCUUGGGUUCAAGAUCAACAAACGGGAGGAAUAGGCGCAAAGAUUUCACAGGGCACUCGCUGGCUAGGAUCGGCAUUGCCCAUUCAUCAUGACUGAUCGAGAUCUCUACAGCCGAUGAUUUGAAGGUGGUAGGACUCGAGAUCCUUCCAGCCGACGAUCUGAAGCGGGUAGGACCUGGAGGACGUGGGCGUCGGAUGGUGGUCGACGCUACCCAAAUUGGACGAAUGAGGAGGACAAAGGCAAGAUUCGGAUGUCCGGAAUGGAGUCCGAAGAGACUUUGUAUGCAUGUAAUUUCCGGGACGCCUGAAUCUAGCUUCUCGACUUCGUUGCCUUUUGCGGACUGUUUGCGGACUUGAAUUGUCCCGAUAUGCUAUUCUACUGUGCCAGUGGUCUUCUCUAGUCUGAGGAUGGUCUUAGGGUCGUAUAGUCGUAUAUCACACAAAAAGUCCCAGUUUAAGAGCUUAAGCCAAUGGUACGUUAGAUGUCCUCACGCAUCUAGAAG